GAGCUACACAGGACACUUUCCGGGUGCCCCGUGUACCAAUAUUUCAGGCCAAAAGUGCUAUUUGUCCUCACAAGAGGGACCGGGUCAAGUUGGAGGACACCGCGAACGGGCGGAGCGCGGCGGCGGUGCGGGAGCGGCGGGUUUGGGGCGGGGGGCCUGCGCGGGGAGCUCGGGGCCCGCCCCCGCCCCGCUGACAGCCGCCCUCCGGCCUCUGCGGCCGCGCCCCCUCCGCCGGACCGCGCGAGAGAGGGAGGGGGCCGGGAGGGGCGGCCAGGGGAGGACCGUGUGAAAAUGAGGCCGGGGCUCGGGGGCCGGGCGGGGCCGGGCCGGGGGUGUCAGAGCGCGGCGGGCAGGGCGCCCGCACACACCUCCCGGAGCCGCCGCCGCGCUCGCCGCCCGCGCUCCCCUGCCUGUGCCCGCAGCCGCCGCGCCUGCCAUGGGGGUCGCGGGCCGCGGCUGCCCUAGGGCUGCCCCGGCGCUGCUGCUGCCGCUGCUGCUGACGGCGGCCGUCCCGCCCGCCCGGGGCCGCGCCGCGGGGCCGCCGGAGGACGUGGACGAGUGUGCCCAGGGGCUAGAUGACUGCCACAUCAAUGCCCUGUGUGAGAACACACCCACCUCCUACAAGUGCGCCUGCAGGCCUGGCUACCAAGGGGAGGGCAGGCAGUGUGAGGAUAUUGAUGAAUGUGGAAAUGAGCUCAAUGGAGGCUGUGUCCAUGACUGUCUGAAUAUUCCUGGCAAUUAUCGCUGCAUUUGUUUCGAUGGCUUCAUGUUGGCUCAUGAUGGUCAUAAUUGUCUCGACGUGGACGAGUGCCUGGAGAACAAUGGUGGCUGCCAGCACACCUGCGUCAACGUCAUGGGGAGCUACGAGUGCCGCUGCAAGGAGGGCUUUUUCCUGAGUGACAACCAGCACACGUGCAUUCACCGCUCAGAAGAGGGUCUGAGCUGCAUGAAUAAGAAUCACGGCUGUAGUCACAUCUGCAAGGAGGCUCCGAAGGGCAGUGUUGCCUGCGAGUGCAGGCCAGGCUUUGAGCUGGCCAAGAACCAGAGAGACUGCAUCUUGACCUGUAACCAUGGAAACGGUGGAUGCCAGCACUCCUGUGAGGACACUGCUGAAGGCCCAGAGUGUAGCUGCCAUCCUCAGUACAAGAUGCACUUGGAUGGGAGGAGCUGCCUUGAGCGAGAGGACAUUGCCCUGGAGGUGACGGAGAGCAACGCCACAUCCGUGGCAGAUGGGGAUAAACGGGUGAAACGGCGGCUGCUCAUGGAAACAUGUGCUGUCAACAAUGGAGGCUGUGACCGCACCUGCAAGGAUACUUCGACAGGGGUUCAUUGCAGUUGUCCCGUCGGCUUCACACUCCAGAUGGAUGGAAAGACCUGUAAAGAUAUUGAUGAGUGCCAGACGCGCAAUGGAGGGUGUGAUCAUUUCUGCAGAAACACCGUGGGCAGUUUUGACUGCAGCUGCAAAAAGGGAUUUAAAUUAUUAACAGAUGAGAAGUCUUGCCAAGAUGUGGAUGAAUGCUCUCUGGAUAGGACCUGUGACCACAGCUGCAUCAACCACCUGGGCACCUUCACAUGUGCUUGCAAUGAAGGGUACACCCUCUAUGGCUUUACCCACUGCGGAGACACCAACGAGUGCAGCGUCAACAACGGAGGCUGUCAGCAGGUCUGUGUGAACACUGUGGGCAGCUAUGAAUGCCAGUGCCACUCUGGGUACAAGCUCCACUGGAAUAAAAAGGACUGUGUGGAAGUGAAGGGGGGCCUGCCCACUAGCCUGUCACCCCACGUGUCCCUGCAGUGCGGUAAGAGUGGUGGAGGAGACAGGUGCUUCCUCAGAUGUCACUCUGGCAUUCACCUCUCUCCAGGACUGCAAGAGGCCUAUUCUGUCACCUGCGGCUCUUCCUCUCCUCUCAGGAACAAACAGCAAAAAUCAAAUGACUCCGCUUUCGGGGAUGUCGCCACCGUCAGGACAAGUGUAACCUUUAAGCUAAAUGAAGGCAAAUGUAGUUUGAAAAAGGCUGAACUGUUUCCUGAGGGUCUGCGACCAGUCCUCCCAGAGAAGCACAGCUCAGUAAAAGAGAGCUUCCGCUACGCAAACCUUACAUGCAGCUCUGGCAAGCAAGUCCCAGGAGGCCCCGGCCGACCGAGCGCCCCUAAGGAAAUGUUUAUCACUGUUGAGUUUGAGCUUGAAACUAACCAAAAGGAGGUGACAGCGUCUUGUGAUCUCAGUUGCAUCGUAAAACGAACAGAGAAGCGGCUCCGGAAGGCUGUCCGCACGCUCCGGAAGGCUGCCCACAGGGGGCAGCUGCACCUCCAGCUCUCUGGCGUGAACCUCGAAGUGGCUCAGAAGUCUCCCCAAACAUCUGAACGCCAGAUAGAGUCCUGUGCAAUGGGCCAGGACCAUGGAGGAAACCAAUGUGUCAGUUGCAGGGCUGGGACAUAUUAUGACGGAGCACAGGAACGCUGUAUUUUAUGUCCAAAUGGAACCUUCCAAAACGAGGAAGGGCAAAUUAUAUGCGAACCAUGUCCAAGACCAGGAAGUCCUGGGACCCUGAAGACCCCAGAAGCUUGGAAUGUGUCUGAAUGUGGAGGUCUGUGCCAACCUGGUGAAUACUCUGCGGAUGGCUUCACACCCUGCCAGCCCUGUGCCCGGGGCACAUUCCAGCCUGAAGCCGGCCGCACUUCCUGCUUUCCCUGUGGAGGGGGCCUCCCCACCAAACACCCUGGAGCCACUUCCUUUCAGGACUGUGAAACCAGAGUUCAGUGUUCACCUGGACAUUUCUACAACACCACUACUCACCGAUGCAUUCGUUGCCCAGCAGGAACAUACCAGCCAGAAUUUGGAAAAAAUCAUUGUGUUUCCUGCCCAGGAAAUACCACGACUGACUUUGAUGGCUCCACAAACAUAACCCAGUGUAAAAACAGAAGAUGUGGAGGGGAGCUGGGUGAUUUCACCGGAUACAUCGAAUCCCCAAACUACCCAGGCAAUUACCCAGCCAACACAGAAUGCACCUGGACCAUCAAUCCACCCCCUAAGCGCCGCAUCUUGAUUGUGGUCCCUGAGAUCUUCCUGCCCAUAGAGGACGACUGUGGAGACUACCUGGUGAUGCGGAAAACCGCUUCAUCCAAUUCUGUGACAACAUAUGAAACCUGCCAGACCUAUGAACGCCCCAUCGCCUUCACCUCCAGAUCCAAGAGGCUGUGGAUUCAGUUUAAGUCCAAUGAGGGGAACAGCGCCAGAGGGUUCCAGGUCCCAUACGUGACGUACGAUGAGGACUACCAGGAGCUCAUUGAAGACAUAGUUCGAGAUGGCAGGCUUUAUGCAUCUGAGAACCAUCAGGAAAUACUUAAGGAUAAGAAACUGAUCAAGGCUCUGUUUGAUGUCCUGGCCCACCCCCAGAACUAUUUCAAGUACACAGCCCAGGAGUCCCGGGAAAUGUUUCCACGAUCCUUCAUCCGAUUACUCCGUUCCAAAGUGUCCAGGUUUUUGAGGCCUUACAAAUAAGUCUGCCCACGUGCCACUUGACACAGUGUUCGGCCUAUGGGCUGGCAGGACACAGCCAUAUGCUUCUGCAGCCAGCAUAGACGGAUAAUGCUGCCUCUAGUAGCAGUGACUGGUUAGAGUUCAAUUUUUAUAGAUAAUACAGAUAUUUUGGUAAAUUGAACUUGGUUUUUCUUUCCCAGCACUAUAGAUGUGGACAGAGAAUGGGUUUGAGUCUUACCUGCUUCUCAUUGGUGUGGGCAGCUGUCUUGGACACAUCAAGGGCUGGCUGAGCUGAAUUUCAGUCAGCUUAGGUGAGACUCAUCUGUCCUUCUCGGUCCUCACUCCUCCUUGAGGGGGCUGCCUUGUCUGAAACCUCAGCUUCUUCCAGCAUAGCCCUCCCUAAGGGAGCCCUCUUUACUCAGGUGUUGGCUCUGACCAGGCAGACCAGGAAAGGGGGAAGGAAGGGAAGGGGAGCCCUCCAGACACCGCUCACCUCCCCCCUGCCCAAGACAUGGAAGGACCCGGUUUUCUCCACAGCCUUCUCCAGUCUGUGUGACUUAAAUUUGAUCCCAGAAGCUUGGAUUCCAAGCAGUGAUCACCAAAAAAUACUUAAAGCAGAAAGAAUUAGAAAUAAAAAGGUAGAAACUCAGCACUUCCACAGACAUGUGGACCUGUCGAUGACCUUCCAUGUUGCCAGUUUCCAUCUCGUAGCAAAUGUUCUGUGCUUCUCUUAAAAUUGCAGCUGUGCCUUCAGGGCACUGCUCUUCUGGGCACCAAGGUAGGGCCUGGACAGUGCAGAUCCGACGUGAUCUCCUGAUGAAUGUGACUCCAUCCAUCAUGAAAAGGAGAUUCACACACCCUGAGUCAGUACCGCCAAGGGUCCUCCUUCCACCUGGGCUUCCCACCACGGGGCGGUGGAGGCCCAGGUGGGAGGUGGUAUGGCCCAGCCUGUCACGUUUGCCUUCCUUGCCCCGCUCCAAGCUCAGAGACCGGCUGGUCUCCGAGGGCAUGAGCCGCACGCUCAGGGUGGCCUCACUCCCUUAAUGGUCACACCACCGCCAGAAGCAGUUACGCUAAUCCCAGCCUCUGAGUACCACAGAAUCGUCUCACUUUCAGUCAACACAGUGGGACCUCACAAUCAUUUUCUCCCACAGGAAUCUGAUUUUUCAAUACUAUUGAAUUUUUAAAAACCAAACUCCACAGGCAAAAAUCUUAUUACAGUGAAUAAAAAAAUUCUAUCACACAAGCUGCCAUUUCCCUAAUGAAAGGGUUGCCUACAGGCAACCACAGUGUUUUAUUUCAGUAACAAACUAACUCCACACACAAUCAGUUCUCUACACCAAAGUACCAAAAAAAUGAUCAACAAAUAUUUCUGAAGAAAGUGAAGGUUAUUUCAUUAUUGAAUUAACUUUUUACCUCAGUGAUUUUUUUAACCUAUAAGCAAUAUUGAUUUUUUAAAAGCCCUUAACCAAAGUUUUUUAAUUUAUCUGAAUGGUCCUAAAUACCCUUUUCUAAGUCUCUCGUGAAAAACUUGAAUAUCUUCACUUUUAAAGGUAUCAUUAAUACAAGUCCUUGGAAUUUAUAAUGCUGGAACUUGGCCUACAUUUCUGAGUCUGACUAUAAGAUGAAAAUUCAGUGUAAUAUAACAUGAGUUAGUGACCUGACCGAUGGGGUGAGCUGAACUGCACCAUUCUGUCCAAGCAUGUUAGUAACUAUAUGCUCAGGACUGUCUGGUUCUGUACUGCUGAUUUCAUAAGAAGGCAGCUGAUGGCAGUACCUGGGGGUUGGAAGGAGGCUGCAUGAACCUGGUCUCUGUGAAACAUCCUCCAGGAGCUGGGCCAUGCACGAGCCACUGAGGCCCUCAUGCAGCUUCCUGUCUAUACCCGUCAACCACUCUGAGAGACUCUGUGGUCCUGUUGGAAGGCUGGUGGGCGGGGGCUACUCAUACUAUCUGCUAAAUCAAUAAAUAGUUAACUAAUAUCACCUCUUUGCCUUAGGGUUGCACAGUGACAAGACAGACAAGGUCUUGUCAUUUUAGAGCUUACCAUUUAGAAGGAGGAGACAAUGAACAAAUCAACAUGAAAAGUAUCAGCUUGUAGUAAGUGCUAUGUUAAAAAUUAAAAUAGGUUAAUAUAA